AUGGCGGCGCGGCAUCAUUGCUUCCUGUCGUCGACAGAUGACGACGGCAGCGGAGCUCUUGGCAGAGUGGCAGGCGAAGGCGAAUGCAAAAGACAACAUCACUACACCAUCAGAGGCGGUAGGGCAGUCGAUGACAGGGCCGCUUUGGCCGGACGCGAGGCAGAGGCGCAGAGCAGCGAGCUCCUGGACUUCGUCGCUCGGAACCCGAGUCGGCGAGCGCUCCACCGUGAUGCGAUAGUCGGGGACGGCCGCGGCUCUCUGCUCCUCAUGGCGCACAGUUCAGGAACUGGAGGGAGCGGCCAGCCGGAGAAGGAGAUGGCCGGCAGGCCGGGAGAGGCUUAUGAUUCUCUAGAUCCAGACGGCAACAUCACUAUAAAAUGGGAUAUUAUGCAAUGGACUCCUGACGGAUAUGUCGCUGUUGUCACAAUGUACAAUUACCAACAAUUUCGGCACAUUGGGCCAUCCGGAUGGCGGUUUGGGUGGACAUGGGCAGAGAAGGAGGUUAUAUGGUCAAUGGUUGGGGCUCAGACCACCGAACAGGGUGACUGCUCACGUUUCAAAGGCAACAUUCCCCACAGUUGCAAGAAAGAUCCUGUGGUCGUUGAUUUACUUCCAGGCACACCAUACAACAUGCAAAUCGCCAAUUGCUGCAAAUCAGGAGUAAUAAGUACAUUUAGUCAGGACCCAGCAAAUGCUGCUUCCUCCUUCCAGCUCAGUGUAGGUCUUGCUGGGACUACCACUAAGACUGUCAAGGUGCCGAAGAACUUCACUCUUAGGACUCCUGGCCCCGGUUACACCUGUGGGCGUGCUAUUGUUGGCAAGCCUUCUAGGUUUUUCUCCGCGGAUGGGCGUAGGUUUACCCAAGCUCUAAUGACAUGGAACGUGACCUGCACGUAUUCCCAAUUUCUUGCUCAGAAGACUCCAUCCUGUUGUGUGUCUCUCUCAUCGUCUUAUAACGACACUAUUGUGGACUGCCCAACAUGCUCCUGCGGCUGCCAAAACAAAAAUGAGAAGAACUGUGCGAAUAAGGGUUCGCCUCGCCUACGAUCAGAGAUUGAUGGCCCUGGCAAAUGGAGUGGCCAGCCUCUUGUGGAGUGCACUAACCACAUGUGCCCCAUAAAAAUCAACUGGCAUGUGAAGCAGAACAACAAGGACUACUGGAGAGUGAAGAUCACCAUCACAAACCUCAACUUCCGAAUGAACUACACGGAGUGGAACCUAGUUGUUCAGCAUCCAAACUUCGAUAACAUCACUCAGUUGUUUGGUCUCAACUACAAACCACUUACUCCAUAUGGGGGUGACAUAAAUGACACGGCAAUGUUCUGGGGUGUGAAGUCCUACAACGAUGUGCUGAUGCAAGAGGGUAAGCUUGGGACGGUGCAAUCAGAGCUCCUCCUCCGUAAAGACUCCAAGACUUUCAUCUUCGAAAAGGGAUGGGCCUUCCCACGCCGGGUGUACUUUAAUGGUGAUAACUGUGUCAUGCCAGCUCCUGAAAAUUACCCAUCGUUGCCAAUGCAAGACUAG